CAUUUAUGUGCAUUAACGGCGCGUUCCGAAACAGCGUUUUUUGGAAAACAUAGAGGCGUUGACACAGAACGAGCUCUCGCGUUCCGUCAGCCCCAGACAUGCGUCACGCCUAGUUUUUUAAUGCGGGGACGCAUACCACGUAAGUUGCGUUUUAAGACGGCGUCAAAAUGUAUCCAUAACGCGUCCGUUUUAGAAUGACAGAACGCGUUGUGUGUGAACGUUCCACAAAUGUAUCCAAACCGCAUAAAAGGUGCGAGACCACCCAGACUGAACGCGUUAUUGCGCAAGAAAGCAUGGCGCAACAAAUAGAACACUACACAUGUUUCUAGGUAUGCGUUUUUAACAGUUUAAUUUUUAUUAUUAUUAACUUUAUACGGCGUCUGUAAAUGCAGCGCUACUGCACAAGAAACUGAAAACACAGUCAAGUCGCGGCGCAACGGUCAAAGAAGGCGCGCGGAUGGACGAAAAAAUAAAUAAAAAAUAUUUUCUGUUUGAACGCCCCUCAACUAGGCACCUUUCACGGUUGUGAAACACAGCCUGUGUGUAUAAAAGCGUUUUUUUUUUUAAUCACUUUCGGGUGUCAUUUAAAAGCAUGCCUCUUAUUUUAUUUUUAUUUUUUUGUCUAAAGUAUUAUCGACAAAUCCAUGAACGUGGUUGAUAAACGGGCGGAAACAAAAAUGUUAGCAGCGCAAUAAUAUUUCCGGGUGUUUUGAAAACGGGGGAACCCCGUGGUGUUUUUCACUACCCUGGGUAGGCCUAUACUACGAAAAGUGAAAAGAAUACAUGUCAUCAUAACGUGCUGUUGGUACAGCCACGACUUAAUCUAAACUAAAUGGCUUCUGGAUCAGUACCAGAUCCGUCUUUAAACGGGGCUUCGUCCACACCGGGUGAGAACGAGUACCCGUCAGGUUUCCCUCAGAGCAUCUGUGAUGAAGUCCCGAAGGAGAAGUACUUGUGCAGCAACUGUAAUAAUGUACUUAAUAAAGCGUGUCAAACGGUGUGCGGUCACCGCUACUGCCUCGCCUGCGUCAACUGGCUGGUAAGAAACAACAAGGACCUUGUGUGCACCAAAUGUAAAGAAGAGGACCCAAGCAUUGACACUAAUGACACUAGUGUACUGACUCUUGAACAAUUCUUCAAUGAUGCAGCUAUCAAUAAGGAAAUUUCAGACCUGAAAGUUCACUGUGCUAACCAUGGCUGCCCCUGGAGAAGUACCCUAAAGAACUUUGAGGAGCAUCAGAGUCAGUGUGAAUAUGCCCUGAUCCCUUGCAACAUUGGCUGUGGCAUAAUGGUGCAGAGAAAGACAUUGGCCACACAUCUGGAAAGAGGCUGUCCGAACAACAAGACCACAUGUUCCUCUUGCUCAGGUGUCCUGACACCUAGAGAACUCCAGAAGCAUGCAUGUUCCAGUUCAGUAGAUAAGAAGACAGCAAAGGCAGAGAAAAGACAAAAGAAUAAUCCACAAGGCAACUCCAAAAAAAAAGAGCCAUGCAUUUUCUCAGAAGUUGGUUGUCCAUUUAAGGGCAAUGCAGACAAAGUAAAAGAGCACGAGUCCUGCAGUCACAUUGGUCAUCUUCAGCUUCUCUUGGAGGUCACCAGGACUCUUCAGCGAACUGUACAUUCCCCACCUGAGAGAAGUCACCAUGAAAACGCUCUAGACUAUCUUCAUCCUGGACAGAGUGGUGGUGCUUCUCCUUUUCAGAGUGAAUGUGAGAUUGAGACUGAUGGAGCAGACCCAGGAAUAAGCGAUAAAGCCUUCAGCCUCCACGACAACCAUGCUGAACUUGCCAUUGGACAGCAACUAGACGGCUUACAGCAGAGAGUGCAGAUAAUGGAGAACAUCAUCUCAGCUUUGAACCGAGAGGUGGAGAAGACCCAGAUCAGUGUGGUCACACUGGAGAGAGACAACCAGAACAACCAGCAGAUCAUUCAGCACUUAGAAACAAAGGUAGCCGAGCAGCUGCAGCGACUGGUCAGGAAAAACAUAUGCAUUGCAUCCUUACAGCAGUCUAUCAGCACCCAGCAGGACGUCUCGUAUGAUGGCACCUUUCUCUGGCGCUUGUGUGAUGUCAGCAAGAGACUGCGAGAGGCAGCCACCGGGCAAAAGAUCAGUCAGUACUCACCAGCUUUCUACACCGCCAGGUAUGGAUUUAAAGUAUGCAUGCGGCUCUACUUGAAUGGAGAUGGGGUUGGGAAGGGAACGCAUAUCUCCCUUUUCUUUGUUAUCAUGAAAGGGGACUAUGACCCUGUUCUCUCAUGGCCAUUCAGACACAAGGUAACGUUCUUUCUCAUAGAUCAGAACCACAGAGAGCAUGUCAUCGAUGCUUUCCGUCCCGACCUGUCCUCUGCAUCCUUUCACCGGCCCGUCUCAGAGAUGAAUGUGGCCAGCGGGUGUCCCCUGUUCUUCCCUCUGGGGAAAUUGAGGUCACCUAAGCAUGCCUACUGCAAGGAUGACACAACUUAUAUCAAGUGUGUAGUGGACACCUCCUCGUGAACCAGGAAAGCCUGGCUGUUAAAGGUGAAGCGUGUGAUUGCUGCACCACGACCGUCACUAGACAGAAAUUGCAAAAAUAAAUAGAUAGGUAAAGUUUGUCAAGACAAACUUUGAUGUUGGCUUGACAAAGAAUGUCUGAAAGUUUAAACUAGUUUUAAAAGUUUGAUAUUUAUACAGACAUUACUGUAAGCUACUGUAAAUAAGAUAAGCAAAGAGCGAGCAACUUGAAGCAUUUUUAUCGUAACAGAUAACAAAUUCUGUCAUCAUUCAUUCAUGUUUUUAAAAACCUGUAUGACUUUUUCUCUUCAGUGGCACACAGAUGGAAAUGUUACACAGUAUGUUAGUCUUAGUCACAUUCACUUUCAUUAAAAAAAAAUGAUAUGCUUUGAAAGUGAAUGGUGACUAAGGCUGCCAUUCUGCCUAAUAGUAAUGUUUCCUUUUGUGUUCAAAGGAAGAAAGAAAGUCAUACGGGUUUGAAACAACACAAGGGUGAGUAAAUGAUGUCAAAAUUUUCAUAUUUGGGUGAACUAUCCCUUAAGCUGGUGUUUUUGCAUUGAAACUAUUUUAAAAUUGAAAAAUGCACACAGAUCACCUUUAAAUAUGACUGGAAAUCCAUGCCAGAAAUUUACUCUUAUAUGAAGGGGCAAUAAUCCCCUCUUUUGAUUUUCGGGCAUAUUUUUCUAAACAUUUAAAACAAAAAUUGUGUUGCAUGUGUUUGUCAUUGAUUCAUUAAAGGGAUAGUUCACCCUAAAACUUUAAUUCUCUCAUUAUUUACUCACGCUCAUGAUAUCCCAGGUGCGUAUGACUUUCUUUCUUCCCCAGAAUGCAUUUGAAGAAAAAUAGAAACAUUUCUUAGCUCUUAAAUAUUUUUCUUUUUCACACCACAAGUGAUCCUAUCGCAUUAGAAGACAUGCAUUUAACCGCUGGAGUAGUAUCGAUGACAUUUAUGCUGACUGUCUGUGAUUUUUGGACCUUCAAAAGAGAAAUCUCCAUUCACUUGAAUUUUGAAGGACCUGCUGAGCUAAGAUAUUUUUCUGUAUUUCCUCAAAUGUGUUCUAGUGGAGAAAGAAAGUCAUACACACCUGGGAUAUCACGAAGGUGAUUAAAUAAUGAGAGAAUUUGUAUUUUUGGGUGAACUAUCCUUUUAAAUCAUUAAUACAAAUUCUCAAUAUGAAGAAUGCAUUACCUUACCCUAAGAAUGAAAUCAACAUACAGUAUGUCAUAAAAUGCCAUAAUAUGUACAGUAUAACUAGGACUAUCUUAAAUUAUAAAGAACUGUUUCAGAUGUUAUUCAAAUGAAAAAAAUCUAAUAAAAAAAAAGAAUUCAUUACAAGGGCAGUGGCACCCACAUUUUGAAUUUCGAGGGCAUUUUUUAAAUUUAUUUAUUAAUUUUUUGUCCCCCUAUAUUCUUACCCUGCUGAAAAUCUAAGAGAGCAUUUUUAUCAAGUUUAAAAUUGUAGAUCGGAUUUACAAUUUACACAAAAUGAAAAUGAAGUGCAGAGAAACAGGCCUGUGCUCUUUUCAGCUGGGUGUAGAAUGUCAGGAUCGGUUACAGUGCUGAAAUAUUCAUUAAUUAAAAGGUUUUGCUUUGUCUAUUUCAGAUGGGAGAUCUGCUAAGCUGUUUUUCUUCACAUGAUAUCUAAUUUGCAAUGCUUUCCUGUGGGUGCAUAAAUGAAAGACUAUGUUUAGAUUGUAUUCUUUUGUAUUUAUAAAGGAAUUAUUUUAUAUAUAUAUUUAUAAACCAUAUCUGCAGUUUUCAUAUUUUUUAUGUAUUUAAAAAUAAAUUGCGUUU